CAACUGGGAAGCAUGUUCUUUCUUUCUCUGUCUUCUAAUUUCUCUCACUUUAAUUCUCACUCUCAUUUUCCCUCCUAUUCCAUAUCACUAUACUGUGUGUUUGUUUCUCGUGGGUGCUGACACAAAGCUUCCAUCGCAGUUCCAAUUUAAUAUGGAAAGCAAAUGAGAAGCGACUUCCAUCAUCAUCAUUUUGGUCUCUUCUUGUUUCAAAUUUGACACUUUUUCUUCCAUUUCAUUCAAAAAAACCUUCUCUUUCCACCAUUUUCAUUCGAUUCAAUGGACCUUGAACCUCUUUUCUUCUGUCUGCUGGCUUUGUUUUUUACUUCAUGGGCUUCUUCUGCAACUGCUUUGCUUUCUCCCAAAGGUGUCAACUUCGAAGUGCAAGCUUUGAUGAACAUCAAGAAUGGUUUGGAGGAUCCGCAUAGUGUCUUAAACUGGGAUGCAGAUGCUGUUGAUCCAUGCAGCUGGACGAUGGUUACUUGCUCUUCAGAUAAACUCGUCAUUGGGUUGGGGUGUCCAAGCCAAAAUCUUUCUGGUUUUCUUUCUCCAAGCAUCGGUAACUUAACAAACCUCCAAACAGUGUUGCUACAAAAUAAUAGAAUCUUAGGGCCACUUCCAUAUGAGCUUGGGAGGUUGCCUAAGCUUCAAACACUUGAUCUUUCUAAUAACUCGUUCACCGGUGAAAUCCCACCUUCUUUAGCUGAUAUCAAGACCCUCCAGUAUUUGCGGCUAAAUAACAAUAGUCUCACAGGACCAAUUCCACAGGCUUUGGCUAACUUGACACAGCUCACAUUCUUGGACUUAUCGUUUAAUAAUGUAAGUGGUCCUGUGCCAAAGUUUCAAGCUAAAACAUUCAAUGUUAUGGGAAAUCCAAUUAUAUGUGCCACGGGGACAGAGCAAGAUUGCAAUGGAACAUCACCCAUGUCAACGUCACUCCCCUUCAAUACUCAACAAAAGUCGAAUCCAUCCGUUAUGCCAAAAACUCACAAGAUGGCUUUAGCCUUCGGGACAAGCCUUGGGUGCUUUUGCUUGCUGUUUUUCGGAUUUGGAUUUGUUUUUUGGUGGAGGAGACGACACAACCAACAAGUUUUCUUUGAUAUCAACGAACAAUAUCGAGAUGAAAUAUGUUUGGGGAACUUAAGGAGAUUCCAAUUUCGAGAACUUCAAGUUGCCACGAAAAACUUCACGAGCAAGAACAUACUAGGAAAGGGCGGUUUUGGAAUUGUGUACAAAGGUGUUCUCUCGGAUGGAACCGUUGUAGCCGUUAAGCGGCUUAGAGAUGGGAACACAGUUGGUGGUGAGAUCCAGUUCCAAACUGAAGUCGAGAUGAUUAGCCUAGCCGUUCAUCGAAACCUACUUAGACUCUACGGUUUUUGCAUGACAUCAUCCGAACGCCUCCUUGUUUACCCCUACAUGUCUAACGGGAGUGUCGCUUCUCGUCUCAAAGUCAAACCGGCUCUAGAUUGGGGAACAAGAAAGAGAAUAGCAUUGGGGGCAGCAAGAGGUUUACUAUAUUUACACGAGCAAUGUGAUCCGAAGAUAAUCCAUAGAGAUGUGAAGGCUGCAAAUAUACUAUUAGACGAUUACUGUGAAGCAGUGGUGGGUGAUUUUGGUCUAGCAAAGCUUUUAGACCACCAUGAUUCCCACGUUACAACCGCCGUUCGAGGAACAGUAGGCCAUAUAGCUCCGGAGUACCUCUCAACCGGCCAAUCGUCGGAAAAAACAGAUGUUUUCGGGUUCGGGAUUCUCUUACUAGAACUGAUAACAGGCGAAAGAGCUUUGGAAUUUGGGAAAUCGGCAAAUCAAAAAGGGGUUAUGCUCGAUUGGGUUAAGAAAAUUCAUCACGAGAAUAAACUCGAUUUGUUGGUGGAUAAGGAUCUGAAAAGCGAUUACGAUAGAAUAGAGCUUGAAGAAAUGGUUCAGGUGGCGUUGUUGUGUACACAGUAUCAACCGAACCAACGGCCGAAAAUGUCGGAGGUGGCGAGGAUGCUUGAAGGCGAUGGAUUGGCGGAGAAAUGGGAGGCGGCGAAGAGAGUUGAAUCGAAUAGAGGGCGGCCGAAUGAGUUCUUGUCGUCGGAGCGGUAUUCUGAUCUUACAGACGACUUUUCGUUGCUUGGACAGGCAAUGGAGCUUUCAGGCCCCCGGUGAUACGCGCCUCCCGAUUGCAGAGACAGUGAAUAAAUCGGCGGAGGGAUGAUCUUCUUAUUGUACAGGUGCUGAAUUACAGUUCAUAAGUCAUACUUAUCGUUUUUGAGUGAAUUUUUUUUUUUUUUUUGGGUUUGUUCCGAGUGUUG